CAAUGUCUUAGCUCAAUCUUUCCCAACGGGCCCACACAAAAUGUUUGUUUCAUUCACGAACACAAUAGUUACACGACACCUCACACGCAAGGGCAAUACCGUCAUUUGAACAACCGGUUCAUAUCCUUAUCGAGUUAUAUAAACCCGGCCCAACUAAACAAUUCACAGUUUUUCAACUCUCUUCUAUCGUCUGAGUCCCACAAACCAAAAAACCUCCACAAAAAUGGCGUCCAUCGUUUCCGUAUUCCAGCUUCCAUUGAAUACCUUCGGGAGUUCAUCUCGAAGAUCGGCGUCCUUACCGAUCUCCGCUCUUCAUCCGGUUAAUCGGGUUAAUUUGGCGCCUCUUUCGAUUUCCGAGUCAACUAGGCCGAAGCAGAGUGUCUCCGUCCGGGCAGCGGUGAUCGAAGACGAGUGGGGUCCUGAGCCGAAGUCCGAUCCGUCGGUGGCGGUUCUGGAGGAGAAACUAUCGGAGAUCGAUGUGCUGAAGAAGCAGCUGGUGGGCUCGUUCUACGGGACGAACAGGGGGCUGAGCGCCUCCAGCGAGACGAGGGCGGAGAUCGUGGAGCUCAUUACGCAGCUCGAGGCAAAGAAUCCGACGCCGGCGCCGACUGAAGCUCUGUCGUUGCUCAACGGGAAAUGGAUUCUCGCUACUGUCAACUGUGUGGCUGGUGGUGUUGUUGCCUGUUGUGAAGAUUUAACAAGCGAAUGCCAAAAUCUCAAUAUGCAACUAUCCAUUGAUUGUUCAUUUGGUAUUCCAAUCAAGCACUGCAGGUACACAUCAUUUGCGGGUUUGUUCCCAUUGUUGUCAAGGGGUGCCGGUCUACCUCUGGUGAAACUUGAGGAGAUAUCUCAGACUAUUGACUCCGAAAAUUUCACUGUCCAGAACUCGGUCCUGUUUUCCGGGCCAUUGGCAACCACUGCAAUUUCCACCAAUGCUAAAUUCGAAGUUCGGAGUCCCAAACGUGUGCAGAUUAAGUUUGAAGAAGGUGUGAUUGGGACCCCACAAUUGACUGACUCCAUAGAGCUGCCCGAAAACGUGGAAUUUCUCGGGCAAAAGAUUGAUCUCUCGCCCUUCAAAGGUCUGCUGACCUCUGUACAGGACACAGCCUCGUCUGUAGCCAGGACCAUCUCUAGCCGUCCGCCAAUCAAAUUCUCCAUCUCCAGUAACUAUGCAAACUCAUGGCUCCUCACUACUUACCUCGACAAUGAACUUCGCAUUUCCAGAGGAGAUGGGGGCAGUAUAUUCGUGCUCGUCAAAGAGGGCUGCCCCCUUUUGACUACUUAGAGAUAUAUAUAUGUGUAAUACUUACACGAAAAAAUGUAUGUAAUGAAUAAAAAAUUUUAAGUUAUCGACCAGAAAUCGAGUUUGGAAAACAAGGAAAUGGGUUUCUCUGUGUAUGUAUGGUUAGUGCCAAUAUGUCAAAUACUUCUUUUCUCAUAAAUGUAUGAUAAUUUUAUAAGGGCUAGUUUGAAACCUCUCUUGAUUUAUGCACUGAUUCAUAUUUUUCCAACUUGUUUUCCUCACCACAGGUGUGAAAUCCAUCUAAUUAGUGUUGCUUAUUUGCUUAAGCCUAUAAUGUAAGGGAUUUGAGUACAGAUGUAAUGGUUUAGUAAGUGAAAAAGAGAACACUCAAAGUUUCUGCAAGCUUUGAAAAGUUGUGCUUCUCUUGUUAUUACUGAAAUAAGAUGAGAAUCACUUCUUCUAGA